AUGGGAGGACGCCAAUUGAAGCACUCCGACGCCAUCGUCAUCGUCGGCGCCGGAGCGUUUGGUCUGAGCACUGCACUUCACCUGGCACUUCGAGGCUAUAGGAAUGUGACCGUGUUGGACAAGCAUGAAUAUGACAACAGUGGCUAUGACUACCGAUCGGGAGCAGAUUCGGCGUCGUCCGAUAUGAACAAAAUCAUUCGUUCUGCGUACGGCUCCCAGGUUGAGUAUCAAGAUCUGUCCAAGGAGGCAAUCGAGUGGUGGACUGCAUGGAACCGCGAGAUCAAGGCUGGCAAGGAUCUUGCCCCAGGACUCAGUACAAAUGACAGAGUCUACAUCAACAAUGGAACGCUUUGCUUCACUGAUCAGCUUGAGCUAGCACCUUUCGAGGUCGAAACAAUACGGAACAUGAAGGCUGCUGGCCUGGGUGAGACUCAGCUCGUCACUAUGAACCCCGAGGACAACGCAUCUGCCCAGCGCAGAGGUCUUGGAUACGCGAUGGAUCCCUUUCGGCGUCGUGCAAGGAACAAACCCAAUGUUGGCGUACUCGACACUACCGGUGGGGUGGUCGUGGCGGACAAAGCUUGCCGUUUCGCACUUCACAAGGCCAGAAGGCUGGGCGUCAAGUUCAUCUUCCAUCCGCAAGCAGGCGCAUUCGAGUCAUACUGGCACGAUGAGCAAGGCAACGUGGUCGGCGUCAAGACCCAGAGUGGCGAGAAACAUCCAGCCAAAAAGGUAGUAAUGGCGUGCGGCGGCUGGACUCCGACGCUUGUGCCUGAACUCGACGGCCUGUGCGAGACUACAGCGGGCUCGGUCAUCAUGCUGCAGAUACCACCGAACUCACAUCUGCGUGAGCGCUUCGCGCCCGACAAAUUUCCUAGCUGGAUGUGGAAGCUCUGGGAUGGCGCCGAAGGCGGCCUCUACGGUUUCCCUGUCGAUGAUCGAGGAAUGAUGAAAAUUGGCUAUCGAGGCACAAAAUACACCAACCCGCAACUGCAACAGGAUGGCAAACUGCGCAGUGUUCCAAUCACGAGAUACACACCAGGAGAUAAAGUCACUCAGCUCCCUCGAAAAUCGAUGCAGAUCUUCAAGCACUUCCUAAACGAGUAUCUACCUGAACUUGCGGAGAAUGGCAUCGAUAUUGAGCUCACUCGGCUGUGUUGGUACACUGACUCCUUCGACAAUCACUACGUUGUUGAUGAUCUACCCGGGCAGAAUACCGUCAUGGUGGCUACAGGCGGCUGCGGGCACGCAUUCAAGUAUCUGCCGAUCUUGGGCAAGUGGGUCGUGGACAUUAUGGAGGGCGUGGAGAUGGAUCGCACACUGGUGAAGAAGUGGGCAUGGAGGUCGUUGCCGGAGGGAGAGAAGCCUUUCAAUGUCUUGAUGCAAGGCAACGACAGCCCGAAUGCCUUCAAGAAUGUCUCGUGGACAAAGGACAGUGAUUUGAAAUUGGGGAGCCAGCCGAAGCUGUGA